GUCUUGAAGCUGUGCAAGGAAUUGGUGUACUUUGGAUUCUACACGUUUCACGAACUGUUGCAUGUAUCGAUGAUGCUGAUUUCCAUUUUGGAUAGAGGUACCCGGCAUUUUCGGGCUAACGAGAGUGAGAUGACUCAUCGGUCGCAAAGUAUUUGGGAAUUCAGACCCGAUUUGAACAAGAGCGCAUCCCCACCCCCUUUCUCUGGAAAUUCAAGAGAUAUCAGAUCACCUAAUUACCUCAACAGUCACUCCCAGCCGGCAAACUCAGGUGUGUCUGGGAUGUACGCGUAA